GCGGGAGCGCGCACAGGCUCAGAGCGGAAAUGAAGCGGAUGUUACAGCAGCAGAUGAUCUGCGGAUUCACAGUGUCUGUUUCUCUGGGUGUUUGUCUGGGGUUGUGAUGGGGAAAUAUUUCAUCAGCGAGACAGACAUCAAGACCUCAUGGGAAUUUGUGUUGACAGCAUUCUGGCAAAGAUACCCAAACCCUUACAGCACUCACGUUCUGACGGAGGAUGUUGUUUUCCGUGAGGUGACAUCAGAUAACUGCCUUCUCUCCCGCCGGCUGCUCACAAAGACCAAUCGGCUCCCUCGGUGGGCGGAGUGCAUCUUCCCGGCGAACCUAUCAAGUUCUGUUUACAUCAUAGAAGAUUCUGUCAUUGAUCUCGACAACAGACGCUUCACCACACUGACCUGGAAUGUCAAUCAUGCUAAAUUAAUGCGUGUCGAGGAGCGCUGUGUGUUUUUCAGUGAUCAGAACAGACCCGCUUGGACUCGGCUGAACAGAGAGGCUUGGAUCUCAUCAGGAGUGUUCGGACUCUCCAGACCCAUCCAGGAGUUUGGUUUGGCCAGAUUGAGAAGUAAUCAGAUGAAGGCUAUGAAGGGUUUAGAACAUGCGCUAUCACAUCUACAGAGUAAGGCCUCAUGUUUGUGUAAAUCUGAACACACACGAGUGUUUAACACACCGACCUCUGAAAGAACUCCACCCAUUACUGUUUGAUCUCAAAAAUACGAC